AUGUCUCUUGAAGAGCAACAUGGUAUCGACCAAUCACAGUCGCAUAUGAUAGACAGUGAUAAAGUUACCUAUUCUGAUCGUGAUCGUAAACCACACUUCAAUCCGAGAAAUUAUAUUCCAUCAGCAUUGAAAACACCUGAUAAAAAUCAACCAAUGACUAGUGUAGUAGAUACCAAUAUUUAUUCAAUAAAAAAGACGGCAAUGACUAUAUUAUGUCUUCUUAUUAUUAUAAUGACAAAUUCUGUACAAUUAAAAGUUGUUACGAAACUUGGAAGUGGAGUUCAUCCAUUUUAUGGUACACAAGUGACUCUUGGUGUUAUAUCUAUUUUAAUUAUUCUAAGUAUUAUGAAUGCUGAACAAAAAUAUACUGAAAAAAGAUUUACACAUUAUAUUUUUUAUCAAGAUAAUCUUCCAUAG